AUGCUAGAACUUUGGCUUGAGUUGGGAGUGGAAACUUUGAGAUGGAUUAACUAUGGGGAGGAGGAGCAAAUAAGUGCAGUGAGAAGAGAGGCUCACUCUCAUGAAGGCUUCAGUUUAGAAAAAGAAGUGUGCAACCAUGGCUUCUUUAUGAUGGCUCCAAAUGUAUGGAACCCGUCAAAGAAGACACUAGGGCGCCCUCUUCGUCUUCUGUCUGAUCCUUCUUCUUCGGUCUACGUUACCAUUUCUCAACGUCGUCUCAGCCGUUACCUUAUUAUUGGCAAAAGUUGCACCAACAACAACAUGACGGUUACUUUUCUCCUUGUUCGGUUUCAUGACACUGAUCAUCUCUCUUCCUAUGACCGUGAAUAUAUCCUGAAACAAAUUGUCAGGAUGCUAAGGUUAUCACCUCAGGAUGACAAGGAUGUGACGGAGUUCCAAAAACUGCAUCCACUUGCCAAACAGAAUGGUUUCGGUCGUCUUUUUCGCUCUCCAACACUAUUUGAAGACGUUAUCAAGUCCAUUCUUCUUUGCAAUUGUAACUGGACUAGGUCAUUGCAGAUGGCUGAGGCUCUUUGUGGGCUUCAACUGGAACUUGGCACAAGAACAAAAUCAAAACUCGGGAAUUUCCCUAACCCGGAGGAGCUGGCUGAUUUCCGUGAGAGUUUCCUGAAGCAGCGGUGCAACUUGGGUUACAGAGCACUUCAUAUUAUCGAACUGGCUAUGAAGAUCACAUAUGAACAUCUCGAUCUUGAAGAAAUGUUGGCGGUAGAAGAAGAAACAACUGCCUUUAACAAACUAAUGGAGCUAAAUGGUUUUGGGCCCUUUGUUUGCGCUAAUGUGCUCAUGUGCAUGGGAUUCUAUAUCCGGGUUCCUGUUGACACUGAAACCCGUCGCCAUCUAUCAGAUUACCAUUCGAUUGAUCGGAAUGUUGUUAAAACAUCCUCCAAUGACGUCAUUAUUGAAGACAUUUAUGGAAAAUAUUCUCCUUUUCAAUGCCUGGCUUACUGGUUUGAGCUGGUGGACUAUUAUCAGAAGGAACUUGGACUGAAGUUGAGUGAACUGCCGCAUUCCAAGUAUGGAUCUGUGACAGGUACGUUAAUGGCUAAGAAGUUCACCUCCGAAGAAGAAUCGACCCCACCGACCAAGAUGCAGAAAAAGAAGCAACCGGCCAGGAGAUCAAACAAGAAAUGGAAAUUUGUUUAA